GUACGGUAAAAAACAAAUAAAAGUUCUAAGGAAAAGUUUGCAGAUAUCUCUACAGUGCCUAACGUGUAGCUGCGUUAUUGUCGUCAGUUACUUAAUUAUCUAAGGUGUGUGAAGAGCUUUAUAAAUAUUUCAGCGCACUCAACAACUUUUUUUUUUGUUUGUUUUACCGUUUGACUAACACGACCUUUAGGAUUCCGUACCCAAGGGUGACAACGGACAACGGGACCCUAUUACUAAGACUCCAGUGUCCGUCUGUCUGUCGGUCACCAGGCUGUAUGUCAUGAACCGUGAUAGUAGAUUAUGUAUUUCUGUUGCCACUAUAUAACAACAAAUACUAAAAUCAGAAAAGAAUAAAUAAUUAAGUUGGGCUGGGCUGGGACAACAAACAUGAUUUUUUUGCCGUUUUUUGCGUAAUGGUACGGAACCUAUCGUGCGCGAAUGCGACUCGCACUUGGCCGGUUUUUUCUACUAUUUCUCUUACUACUUCUACGCUUUUGUGGCAACAUUUUACAUGAACGUCAAAUGAAAUCCCGAAUAUGCACGAAGGAAAAAUGAAAAUAAUACACAUGAAUAACAAUUCGUAUUUAUGAAUUACAUUUUAUAUUGUUUAUUAUAUUAUUGGGUUUUUAUGUAAAGAUGCGGUCGGCGAAAACCGAAAAUGCUAGCAGCAGCGAACAAUUACUAGCUUGCCGGGUUUGUCUGGCCACUGAAGCUAAGUUGUACGAUAUUUAUGAAAAUGGACUAGAAAAAGAUAUUCUGGAGCUGCUUCGGAUUGAGGUGUCAAUAAUAGAUGGGUAUCCACAGCAUGUGUGUGCAUUCUGCCGGGUACUUUUAGCGAAGUUCAAGCAGUUCCGAGCUAGCAGCCGUAGGGCACAGGAGCUGCUGCGGACGCUUAAGAAACAGAAUGCAAUCACUACACGCACCAUUGCAACCAUCAAAUCUCAGUUCACAAACCUUACCGUCCACACUACCACCCUCAUCGAAUACCAACAUCAAGACGAACCAGAACCCACUGUCAAACACGAAAUAGAAUCCAAAAAUGAAGAUAUAGUGAAAUACGAAGAUUUAGAUAAUAAUAUAGAUGUGGAGGAUAAUAUAGACUAUGAUGUGGAUGAGGAGUAUAAAGAGGAAGUGGAGGUUAAGAAGAGGAAGAGGAAGAGGAAGGUUGAGAAGGAAGUUGCGAGGGAGAAAAAGAAGUUACCUAAAGAAAAGAAGAUAAAGAAGAUGUUCGACUGCGAGGCCGACUUCCCCGCGUUCGAGGCCAAAUACAACAUGGAGAUAGUGGUCCUCACGAUGGAGCAGCAGCUAGAAAACAUGGCCGCCAGGAAGAACUCCUCAAACUAUAUUAACUCCCCGUACAAAUGCCAGCUGUGCUUUAAAGGGUUUUCAUCAGAAGCUACUUUUAAAAAUCAUAAUUUGAAGCAUCAUGACCCGAGUGUGGGAGCGCAGCAGUGCGAGCUGUGCUUCUCGCGGUUCCGUAUCCCCGCCUUCCUGCGCACGCACGCCGAGACGCACCGCCUCAAGUUCGUCUGCAAGGAUUGCCGCUUCGUCGCCAGUAAUAGGUACCACGCCAUAACGCACUUCCGCGAGCACAGCGGGUUCAAAUACGUCUGCAAAUAUUGUGGAGCCAGUUUCAAGAAACCAUCCACUCACGGCACGCACGUGCGCAUCCAGCAUCCCACCCAGAACACCUCCUGCGACGUGUGCGGGGAGACCUUCCAGGGGGACUUCGGGCUCAGGAUGCACAAGACCCGAGCGCACAAACAGAAUUCCGAGAAUGAGUCCGGUUCCCUGAACUGCAGCACGUGCGGCGUGCAGUUCGCCAGCUCGUACGCGAUGGCGCGACACACGUUCACGGCGCUCGACAACGUGUGCAACCCGAGCAUGAGAGCGUGUACUCUGUGCGGAGAAAACUUAACAACCGACGAAUUGCUGAGGACCCAUACUCAGGAGCGGCACAGCAAACCAGAGACUAAAUGCGAUGAGUGCAACAAAACAUUCCUAACCGAGGCAUCUCUGAGCGUCCACUACGAGCGCGUCCACCUCCAAGUGAAGAGUGUGAGACGGAAGGCCUCGCACCACGCGCGGAAACAGUACGGGGGGGUAGUCAUGUGCGAGCUGUGCGGGAAGAGAUGCAAGAACAGCACCAUCCUGAAAUACCACCAGCGCACACACACCGGGGAGAAACCCCACAGCUGCCCGCGGUGUCCUAAACGAUUCGUGUCUCCUAUGUUGCUACACGUUCACACGGGUGAGAAACCAUUCGCCUGCAGCAUCUGCGGCAAGACGUUCACACAAGCGGCCUCCGUACACACGCACGUCAAGUACGUCCACAUGAAGAUGCCCGCACCGCCGCGCCGGCGCAACCUCAAGCGGGAGUAGACUAUAGUCACACUAUGGAGAAACCAUUCGCCUGCAACAUAUGCAGCAAGCCAUAUAUGUACACUACACACACGUCCCGUACGUCCACAUGAAGAUGCCCGAUUGAAUUUUGUCCCUUUCUAACAAACAUAAACGUCAAAAUGACAGACAGAGACAGAUGGCAAAAUUUCAAAUAACUUACUUUUUUCUUAAUAUCCAAAGAAAUUUAAUGUAUCAGGCUCCUUUAUUUGGAUAUGUGAGUGUCUUCGUAGUUUGUAAUUAGAAUAAAAUAUUCAUCGUCGAUCAGAGGUACAAGACAAAUUUUAUUAAUAAAAAUAUAUGGGGACUAUCAUACACAGGUCGACCUAGGCCCAAACUAAGCAAAGCUUGUAUUACUAAGUAGUACGGCGGCGAUAUACGAACGUAUAUAGAUAAAUACAUACUUAUAUACAUAGAAAACACCCAAGACUCAGGAACAAAUAUCUUUGUUCCCCACAAAUAAAUUCCCUUACCUGUUUUAUAACCCUAAUGUAAAAGAACCAUUACCCGGGACCCGGGUACGUCCUUAAACUACGUCCAAAAGAGAUGUAUGGGCAUUGUGAAUGUCAUCGCGCUUUGUGUGGUAGGGCACAGCACAGCAGAUGUCAUUCCAGAUCUAGAGCAGAGCCCAACUGGGGAAGUACCUCCACCUUACAGAAAACAGCAGCCAAAUAACACUAGACCCUACUCAUAGUGUUGUGUUCCUGCCGGUGAGUAAGGUUGUCAGAGCUCAAUGAGGGGGGGCGGGUUUAGGGUCGGCAACGCGCAUGUAACUCCUCUGGAGUUGCAGGCGUACAUAGGCUACGGAGGCUGCUAACCAUCAGGCGGCCCGUAUGCUUGUUUGCCACCGACGUAGUAUAAAAAAAAAAUUAGCGAUAACAUUCAUCGGUGCAAAUAAUAUUUCGUCGACUAUACCAUGUUGUACAAAUAUUAACUACCCACAACAUGUUUGCAGGGUUUACGACAUAUUUGACCGUCAAUAUAUUUCUUUUUGCUGUUAGUGCACUAUGUUAGGCAAAACCUCGGCAAAGUUGAACUAGUAAAAAAUAGCCGCUAUUAAAAUUUGUUGGUAACUUCUGCUCCACGGUGUAUAGUAUACUUGCUAUAAGAAUCUCAACCAAUAGUAUUAUUAGUGCUUAGAUAAUGUGCAAUAAAGUCUGUGAAGGUAUUUGUAAAUGUUGUAUUAGUAAUUAUUCUUAAGUAUUUAUUUGUCAAGUUUUACAUCGAUAUUCUGUUGUAUUAAAAAAGUAUUACACAUGAUUA